GCCGAGCUGGGGGUACUGCUCGGUGCCGGCACCGGAGCUCCAGCCCCACGCUGGGCAAGACCCCCGAGGGGUGCAGAAGGAUGGGCUGAACGGAGCCGGCAUCUUUCUACAGCACUGGUGGGAGCUGCUGGCAGAGGCCAGCGCCCGGGCUGCGGGAAGCAAAGGCCUCUCCCCGUACAGGGGGGUUGCCAGACCCCAAGGGUCUGGCGAGGGACGCCCCACGUUUGCCCGGAGGACGUGCGCAGCCGCAGUCCUGGUUUGAGGAGCGGCAGAGCCGGUAGCAGCAGGUGCUAGCAUCUCAUGGCGUCCUACCGCAUCCGGCAGUACCGGGACCAGGACUACGACGCCGUGCGCACCCUCUUCGCCCGCGGCAUCUUGGAGCACGCGCCAGCCGGCUACCGCUACGUCCUGCGCUCGGCGCGGGCGAAGCUGGAGCUGCUGGUCCUCUUCGUGGUGGUGCGGGCAGCUGCCGGCUACUGGGUGGUGGGGCUGGGGGCCGUGGCACUGGCGCUGGUGGCCACCUGGCUGCUGGUCCGCUCCUUCAGCACCUCCUACGUGCAGCAGGCGCUGAGCACCGACCUCCACGACAUCCCCGCCAGCUACCUGCGGGCGCCCGACUCCUGCUUCUGGGUGGCCGAGGCCGAGGGGGCCGUGGUGGGCAUGGUGGCUGUGGCACCGACGCAGGAUCUGGCUGAGAGAGGGAUGGCCCUGGAGCUGAAGCGGAUGUCGGUCAGCAAGGACUACCGGGGCCAGGGCAUCUCCAAAGCGCUCUGCGGAGAGGUGCUGCGCUUCGCCCGGGCGCGGGGGUACAGAGCGGUGGUCCUGUCCACUUCCAUGGUGCAGGUGGCGGCCCAGCGGCUCUACGAGGGCCAGGGCUUCAGGAAGGUGGGCACCUUCAGCCCCUCGCUUCUUGGCAGCCUCCUCUGCUUCCAGGUCUUCCACUACCGCUGCGACCUUCCCGGCCGCACCACAGCCCCACCACACUAGGCACUGCCACGGCACCCCGACCCCAGCAUGCGAGGCACUGCCACGGCACACCUGACCCCAGCCCCGGCACGUGAGGCGCUGCCGCGGCGCCCCCGACACCGGCCCUGGCACGGUAGGCACCGCCGCAGCACCCCCAGCCCCGGCACGCGAGGCACCGCCGCAGCACGCCCGACCCUGGCACGCCGGGCACCGCCGCGGCACCCACGUGGGGUCGGCGCUGGGGGACGGAGGCUGCGCCUGGCCAAGCUGCCGGCGCCUUUCCUAGUUUUCUAGCAGUGAGAAAUAAAGAGAGACCUCUGGGAAA